GCGCCACUUGCAGCAGAGCGAGCGUAGUGCACAGGCAAGACAAAGAUGGCGGCGAUGGCGGGGGAAGCAGCGUGAUACGCUGGGGUAGUUGAAGUGGCACACAAAUCCAAGUAACAGCGCUCAACACACCGGCGUUUAGGCGCCAUGGACGGCAUGUCGGAGUAGACUAGUGAGCUUGAACACGUUGUGUUAAACGAGAGCGCUUUGUCCGCGACCGGACGGCCAUCUUUCUUGCUGAAGGAGACGGAGGGGAAAGAAAACCCAUCAUCUCACCGGGAGCAUGGCUGCGCACGGCAACCAGUACAUCUUUGGGGAGUUCAGCCCGGACGAGUUCAAUCAGUUCUUUUUGACGCCUCGCUGUUAUGUUGAGCUUCCCCCCUUCAAUGAGAAAGUCCCCUGCGUCAGUCACAACUCGGGAGGUUACUGCACUGUUGAUGUGCCGUACAUUACGGAAUCAAUGAGACGGCAGGUUUGCGGAGAGGACUUCCAGCACAUCGAGUUUGGUGUGGAUGAGGUGAUGAGUUCAGAGCCUGUGGUGGUGAAAGACUCCUCGUAUAAAGUGUCCAGCACUCUGAACCCUCAGGCCCCGGAGUUCAUCCUGGGCUGCCAGCCGGCCCAGAAACCUCUGCCCACACCUGCCUUGGCCUCCAGUGUGUCCCCCGAGGCUGAUUUCAACUCUGUGGACCUCGCCGACUCUGAGCCCUCGACUCUAGACGGCCAGCAGGCUUGCUCUGAUGUGGACGGCAUUUCUGGUGGCCUUGGCCAGCGAGAGCGCAAAAAAAAGAAAAAACGACCUCCGGGAUACUACAACUACCUGGAGGGCUGCGAGAGUGGUGGUGCCGUGGUGGAUGGCAUGACUGGGACGGGUUUGGUCAAUGGCCACGGUCUCAGCACUCCAGCCAUGGGAUCAGAGGACACUGGCACUGAUGUGACCCCUUCCACACUUUCUUCCACAUCAUCCACAGGUCAGCCUGGCCCCCUUACCAGUCAGAGGACUUGUGACAGCCCUGAUGAAUCAUCUGUGGACUUGACGAGCGGAGCCGCCUCUUUGUUGGAUGGUAAUGCUGUGGCUUCCUCCUCUUCCUCUACUUCUUCCACCUCCUCCCAGAGCAGUGGCCAUGCUGAAGGGGUUAGGACUGCCGAGCAGCACUCGGAACCCCUUGCUCUAGAGAGCCCAGAACUGCAGGGCAGUGAUGGGAUUGUCCCCUGCCUGACCUCCUCAACAUCUACUCCCUUUUCUGCUGCUGUGCUUACCGCUGAUCCUGCUACUACUGACGAGGACGAGCGCCAGGCUAAUGGGAUGUCGGAGCAGUCGUCUGCCACUAGUCUCGAGAGGGCUGAUACUCAGGCAGGUGCUGCUCUGGUCCCGUCACCUACAGACUCAGGGGUCCAGGCACCUUUGCUUUCUCCACUUUCUCCAGCCACCGCACCUGCUCCUAACACCCCCAAAUCUUGGGCUAGUCUUUUCCACAACUCCAAACCUUUACCUGGCGGCCCUCAGGCAUACGUUGAGGUUAAGGCAGCAGCUGUUGCGGUGCCAGUAGCUCCCACUGCAUCCGUCGAGCAGCCUGAGAAACCAUGCGACAUCAGAGAAGGCCCCGUUCCCGUUUCGGAAGACCCCCUGGCGCCAAAACUGGCAGAACUUAUCGAGAAUGUGAAAUUGAUACACAAGCCCGUGUCUUUACAACCCAGAGGUCUGAUCAACAAGGGAAACUGGUGCUACAUCAACGCUACCCUGCAGGCGCUGAUUGCAUGCCCACCCAUGUAUCACCUGAUGAAGUCGCUUCCCACCUUCAAUGAAACACAAAGACCCUGCACCUCCACACCCAUGAUGGACAACUUUGUUCGGCUUGUGAAUGAGUUCAGCAACAUGCCCGUUCCCUCAAAGGCCAAGCAGCAAGGGGAGAAGAUGGUAAAAGAUAUCAGACCUGGUGUUCCCUUUGAGCCUACGUAUAUCUACAAACUCCUCACACUCAUUAAAUCCAGCCUUUCAGAGAAGGGUCGUCAGGAGGAUGCUGAGGAGUAUCUGGGCUUCACACUGAACGGCCUGCACGAGGAAAUGCUGGCACUCAAGAAGCUCAUUUCUCCACCAGAAGAGAAAGCGUCCACACCGAAUGGGCCAGGGUCCCACGUGGGUGAUGAGGAACCUGCAACCCAGAGGGAGAACAAUGAAGAAGAUGGCAGUGAGGAUGAGUGGGAGCAGGUGGGACCCAGAAACAAAACCUCAAUCACCCGACAAGCCGAUUUUAUUCGCACCCCCAUCACAGACAUAUUUGGGGGGCACAUCAGAUCGGUAGUGUACCAGCAGAGCUCGAAAGAGUCUGCUACGCUCCAGCCGUUUUUCACCCUGCAGUUGGACAUCCAGUCAGAGAAGAUCCGCACUGUGCAGGAAGCAUUGGAGACCAUGGUGGCACGAGAGUCUGUCCAGGGCUACACCACUAAAACCAAGCAGGAGAUUGAGAUCAGCCGAAGAGUGACUCUGGAGGAACUUCCUCCUGUGCUCGUGCUCCACCUCAAGAGAUUUGUCUUUGAGAAGACCGGUGGCUGUCAGAAGCUGAUCAAGAACAUUGAUUACCCUGUGGACCUGGAGAUUAGCAAGGAUCUCCUCUCACCGGGUGUGCGAAGCAAAACCUUGAAAGGCCAAAGAACAUACAGGCUCUUUGCAGUUGUCUAUCACCAUGGGAACAGCGCCACAGGUGGCCAUUACACUACGGACGUCUUCCACAUUGGGCUGAAUGGCUGGCUGCGUAUUGAUGACCAGGCGGUGAAGGUAAUCAACCAGUACCACGUGGUGAAGCAGACUGCAGAGCGAACCGCCUACCUGCUUUACUACCGCCGUGUCGACCUGCUGUAGAAACCACAUACAUGCACUCACUCACACAGCCAUACACACCACAUUUGCUUAUACAUGCACACACACACACACACACACACACACACUCUUAACACGGCGCACUCACUCACGCCUCAACAGGAAUACUGCCCAACAACUUCUCACGUGAGUUUCCUCCUCUUCGCAUCAUCCAUCGCUUUCACACGCAACUGGCUUUUCCACGUUUUUGUCCUCAUCUCUGUGGAAGAGGGAAAAUUUUCAAGUCUGGUAUCUAAAGACUUCCAUGAGGUGAGAUAUUUAGACAGUCGUCGCAGCGUGGCGACGGACGGAGACGCUAACCCCCCACAUGGCCUCCUUCAAGACUGAACCCGAGGGACUGCGCUUUUUCCUUUUUGUUUUCUUGUUUAAUCAACUUUUUAAAAGGCAUAGUAUACGAGAACAGUUUAGGUGUGUUGCCUUUUAUUGGAGGGAUUCAACGGAUGCUCUGACAGACUCUUUCGUCCAUUUUUUUUGUUCCUUUUUUUUGACGCCCUGCACCAGCAAAAUUUUACACAAAAACUGCGCAGAGCACCAGUUUCUUUACGAAUCCGGACUACGUAAGACACUCUGCCGCCUACUCUUUCUAAACCCCCCUCCCUCUCCUUUUUUUUGUCAGUUGUUCAUGAUCUCGACACUCAGGCUUAGCUGAGGGGGAAAAAAAAGCAAAAACACUGGAGCCAUUGGAUUACAAGGAACUGUCGGAGCAAUCUGAGCUGCAGUGGGAGGCAUGAAAUAAAUUAAAAAAAAAAAAAAAAAGCUUUUUUGAAGGGGGUGGGGGGGAUUGCGAGAACCCUGGUUGUGAUUUCUGGGUGUUACAGAUUUAACCAUUUUAAUGCGCUUUAGGACCUAAAAACAAUGAUUUACAACAAAAGAGCUUAUGUGCACGUAUACCCUUUGAAUUUUGAUCAAUAAAAGUUAAAUAAACAAA